ACAAACAAGACAAGGGACCAUCGACUGUUUCGGCAAGCAGAAGGCACCCCGCCAUUUCCUUGUUUUUAGGCCUACUCUUCCGCUGUUUUGGUUGAUGUUCGCCAAAGAUUUGUGCAGUGUAAACAGCGAAUAUCUGAUGAUGAAACUUGUUUAAAAUUAAAAUUCUUUAAGAUGGAAGAAACGGCAGGUGACAACCUAGGGUCUGGGAAACCAAGAAUAAUGGUUUUCCGGCCCACAUAUGAAGAGUUUAAAGAUUUUGCUCAGUACAUCAAGUAUAUGGAGUCGAAAGGAGCACACAAAGGAGGAAUAGCCAAAGUAGUAGCUCCCAAAGAAUGGGUUCCAAGAAAAUCUGGUUAUGAUCUCAAGGACAUUGAUGUAACAAUACCUGCUCCUAUUUGCCAAGUUGUCAAUGGAAAGCAAGGCCUAUACCAACAAUAUAAUAUUCAAAAGAAGGCAAUGACUGUCCAGGAAUUUCGUGAAAUGGCUGACUCAGACAAAUAUGGGACUCCAAGACACCGUGAUUAUGAAGAUCUAGAAAGGAAAUAUUGGAAGAACAUCACCUACAACCCACCAAUCUAUGGAGCAGAUGUCUCUGGAACCCUGACUGAUCCAGAUAUAACUGUGUGGAAUAUAAAUAAGUUAGGAACAAUUUUAGAUUGUAUUAGUGAUGAGUAUCACAUCAGUAUUGAUGGUGUAACUACUGCCUACCUUUAUUUUGGCAUGUGGAAGACAACUUUUGCUUGGCAUACAGAAGAUAUGGACCUAUACAGUAUAAACUAUUUACACUUUGGAGCUCCAAAAACCUGGUAUGCAAUCCCACCGGAGCAUGGCCGUCGAUUGGAAAGACUGGCUGAUGGCUUUUUUCCUGACCAAAAAUCUUGUCCAGCCUUUCUUAGGCAUAAAAUGUCAAUUAUAUCACCUCAAGUUUUAAGACAUCACUCUAUUCCUUACAAUAAGAUAACUCAAGAAGAAGGGGAAUUCAUCAUAACUUUCCCCUUUGGUUAUCAUUCAGGAUUUAAUCAUGGAUUUAACUGUGCGGAGUCAACGAAUUUUGCUUCAGAGCGAUGGGUAGAAUAUGGAAAGAGAGCUUCUCAAUGUUCUUGUAGGGAAGAUAUGGUCAAGAUAAAUAUGGAUUUAUUUGUCAAACGAUUUCAACCAGACCGCUAUGACAUGUGGAAAGAGGGUAAAGACUAUGGUUGCCAUCCUGAAGACCCACAUCAUCAUAAGCCUGCACCUCAUCCUGAUCCUGAAUACCUGAAGAUAAUGAGAGAGUUAGGAAAAGAAUCUCCAAAGAAGAAUCCCAAGCGACAUCCAAUACACAGGAAAAAAAGUUGUAGUGGUACUGAUGCCAAAAAUGAGGAUGAUGUCAAACAAGAAUGUGAAGAUGAGUUUAAAGGAGGCUAUGACCUUGACAAUAGCUGUUUUAAUAAGCCACCAUGCAAGGUAGAAGAGCAACCCGCUGACCGUUUGGAACAGUGUGAAGGUUACUUUGAACCUGAUGUUGAAGUAUAUCCUGAUGAUGGCUUGACCGAACUGUAUGAGAAGGCUGGAGAAAUUGAAUAUGAGCGAGGAGAUCAUGAGUACAGCUAUCGCAGGGAUAUACGAAAAAGGCCAGAGCUAGAUGAAGAUUGGACUUUUGACCAAGAGGAGCCCAAGCGCAAGGCAAAACGCCCAGCCCCCAGGAUCCUGAAACAUCCUGCUGCUGCCAUUUCAUCCCCUGCAAAAUCAUCUGGAGUUGGAGGAAACUGGGUACCCCAUGGCCCUAAAGGCAGAGCAGUGACAGUGCAAAAUUCAGUUCUAGUUGGCAGCAGCGGUGUUUCAAAAGUUGUUCAAGCUGGAGUUAAAAAAGGUAAUAUGCCACCAAUAACUGUAGGCGAUGGUAGUGUUCAGAUUCGACCAGUGAGUGUGACAGGUCAAGUUCCCCAUCUUGUUACGAGUCCAGCAGCCACAACGAAGGUGGGUGGUAGGAUGACCCAGACACAGGUGCGACCUAGUCUCUCUAUUGUGCAUAAAAAUGGAAACGUAUCAACCGGAAAAGCUGCUAUAAAAGCCAUGCUGGGACAACCACGCCAACAGACUUCUGCAAAGAACCCUCUUGCAGCCUUAAGCAAAAACAUGAAGAGUAACGCAUUGUCAGUGAGUCUACAACGGGUUGACGCUCAAGGCCGUAAGGUUGUACAUGCUUUACCAGAAACAGCAGUGCGGGCAGUGGCAUCACGACCAUACUUAGUGAGACCUGGUGCUCAGAUAAUUCGGACUAAUGCUGUGAGACCUCAAGCAGGACUCGUUCGACCUCAAGGAGGACAAAUGUUACGUGCAGCGCAGGCUGUGAGUUUGAGGCAGAAUGCCCCCAAGACUUUAAGACCUGUUUCAGUUCAAGCUCAACCUCGUGGAGCUGGCCCUCUGAAUACAAGAGGACCUCAUCCGAGGAUUAUUGUCAGACAAGCUCCAUCAGCAACAUCCAUAGCAGCCAAACCUUUGCAAUCAUCACCUUCUGCAUUGGCCAACAUGUUGUCUGGAGCACCAGCGAGUACAUCUCAAGCAAAUCAACCUAAUAUGCAUCUAGUUGAGAAUAACUCUAGAAGUUUUCCUGGGCCUGCAACACCAGAACCUGUGAAUGUCCCUGCAACAAUUGCCUUCACUCCGCCAGCAUCACUUCAAUCAACUGCAGCAACGAAUGCCCAGGCCAAUUGCAGCAGGAUCCCUCCUCCAUUGAGUGAUAAUCACCACCUUCCUCAAGAGACUGUGCCAUACUGCUUAGCAACUAGCCAUCUUAGCCCCCCUGUCUUAUAUUCACAAGCUCAUUCAGUCAAUUCCUUGCCAUUGCAAUCUCAUCAAGAUAUUUCUAAUCCCCUCCUUUGUCCAGUACCAUCACCCCAAACCAUCUCAUCACUUGAACGCACACCUGUAACCCACCCCCAUUUGUCAUCAGACAACACCUCUCCUACCUCAUAUAAUCCCUUAGCUGCUCACCCUGGGCCUGGAGGCUCUUCCCAACUAAAUUGUCCACCAGGGCAAAUGUCAAUGUCACCUCUUUCUAAUGUUGCACCUCAAAGCUUACAUCCUGUACCUGUAUCACCAGUUCCUCAAUUCGGGAAUUGCAUGCCCCGGCCCCCGUUACCUCCCAUGUCCUCUUUAACGGGAUCAUAUCAAACAUAUCCUUAUCCAGAACCAUAUGACCCAUCAUUUGUCUACACUACUACUGCUGAUGUUUCUUCAUCGCACUCAUCGGUACCCAUGACAUCUCAAGUCUCGCAUACCCUACUCCCAAAUGAAUCUCUACCGCUCCCUGUGGCUGGCUUUUCCUCUCCUGGCUCCCUGCAGGCAGGGGCUCCUGAACAUUUACAGUACCUCCACACAGGAGUGGACAAGACCACUGCCACCAGCAUGCCAGCUGGACUGUGCAGCCAACAAAUUGCUACAGCUCUUCCACCCAGUAUUCGACCUAAUGCCACUGCUGGUCCCACAACAUCCCAAUUCGGAGUUGGACCUUACACUGGGCAGCCAGCUUACAUGUCCCACUGUGCUACAGCAUAUGUGGCUUACAAUGAUCAUCCUUAUUCAUUAGACACUGCGCCAGUCCUAGUUCCAUCUAUUUUACCGGAUGGAACGAAUCAAGAUGAAUACAAUUUGGAUCUAAAUGGGUACCAAGGCAUGCCUCAUCUCACCCUUGCCGAAGAACUAGGACCACCUAGUGAAGAGCUGGAGCAAGACAAAAUUGCACCCCCACACUUGGAACCACAGCUCGAUACAGUCAUGCUGACUCAAGGCAUCACAAUGGCCCCCAUACUAUCAAGUCCAGGGCCUCCGCCACAGCACACCACAGGCUCUUCUUCCAACUCUCAGCCACCGUUUCUCACACCUCAGCUUACCAAGAUUCAACCUGAGCAAUCUUACCUGUGGUGAAGCUCACUUUCUUCCUCUGAGUUCAGACUUCAGAUACAAUCAACUAUCUUAAGUAGAUUUUGACACUUUGGUGAUGUUAAUCAAGGUGUGUUUUAAAAUUUUUCUCAUUAAUUAUCACUAUUGUAUUUACCUCAUAUUGAGGUCAUUUUACCUGCCAUACUUGUGCACAAACUUUGUCCUGAGCUGAAUCAAGUCAUUUAAUGUCGCAUCUACCAAAGUCCUCACUCUGGAGAGUACAAAUCAUCCUUUUUUUUACUAGCUUCUUAGGGAAGUUUGUAAAACUGCUAUUUGGUGUUUACUAAAAUUAUUACACUCUUGUAGACCUCUCAGCGGUAUAUGUAGUUGUUUGUGUUAGAUCUUUGAAUGGUUUGUUCUUGUGGCAUAUUUGUGUAGGCAAGAUUAACAAAUGUUCAAAAUAAAAUAAAAUGAACAUUGUACAUAAGUGUUAAAAAAUAAUUAAAUAAAUUAUGGUUUGUUGAAUAAUCUGCUCAACCACCCAUGUUAAUGUAAUCUUCUCCUAUGCUGAUGAAAGCUAAAUCUACUGGCUGUGACAAGAUUGGAUUAGCUACAUUAAUUGAAAAUGUGCUGAUCCAAAUAAAGAAUAGUUUUAUACCCAUGACUAUCAAAGAGAUUCUUUUGAUAAGGAUGUGGGUUUGUUAAUGAAGCUGAGCAUGCUUGGCAGAGAACUUCAGUUGAAACAUACAAUUUUGUUUUAGCCUUUGUUCUAUUCAUGGGAUUAGAUUUACACCUAAGUCAAGUUGGUUAAUUGGUUUCUUUCUUGUAGUACUGUUUUUUUUUCUUUUGUUUGAUUAUAUUUUGUUUUUACCAAUAAAGUGAAUAAUUAACUAAAAGGCAUUCAGGAUCUAUAAAGUAAAGAGUGAUUCUAGUGAGACUUCUAGUAAAACAUGCCUUGUUCGAUUUUCAUUUAUGUCUUUACAGAAUGUUUCGUAUUUAUUUUUCUCCCGGUUUUACAGUUUCUUUGUACAUAGAACAAAAUGUAAAGGGUUUGAAUCAAUUUUCUACUUUUUGAUGAGCUAACGUGUUUUAAACUUUGUUCAUAUUCUUUUAUCUUUCAUAGUUCAGUAUGCCCUUCCAGCAUAAUUGCUUCAAUAAAAGUCCUUACCCUAUACUCUCUGUGAAAUUGGCUGUAAACACGAUAGAUCAUUUACUUAGUGGCAUGGUGUGUUAUUCUAACUUACGUAUGUUGAUAACACAACAAUGUUGUAUACUGCUUCUCAAAAAACUGUCAUGAAACUUCUUUAUUUUCAUUUGGAAAAAUUGUAUUAAAAAUUUCUGCAGUAGAUAGGCAUGCUCUGCACGUAUGUCAUCAGAGUUCAAAGAUUCACACUGAUUUACUUGAGGUUACUUUGUUCACACCUUGCACUUCUCAGAGAUUGUGGAUUGUAGAUGUGAAACUUCUUAUAGUUCCAUGGAUUAGAAUAUUUAUCAGUAUUAAGGCUAAUGCUAAUUUGUAUAGAUAUUUAUUGAAACUUUACAAAAAAUAAGAAAGUUGCAACCAGCUUAAAUUAGAUCAAUUUACGUCACUAAUUAUAUUAGGUAUGAUGCUAUCAAGCUAGAGAAGUGCAUGUCUGUACUGUCUUUGUUUUCAACAUGUCAGCCCGUCAUUUAUACUUCUUUUAUAAUAUAAUUUGCAUUUUAUAGUUAAGAAAGUUGGUUUGUUUUUCACCUAACUGUAAUUGUAUAGCUAGCAGAGCUGGCAACCAGUCCUAAGCCACCAAGUGCCGACUUGGUUUUUUUUUCUUAGCCCACUCAUUUGAAUAUGUAUUUGGUAUGUACUUAUCUAACCUGAUACCUUCACUUUACAGAUUUUACUUAUCAGUUGAACAAAGAAAAUAAAUCUAUUCUAGAACUA